GGGAAAGAUGGCGGAAAAUUUAAAAGCCUGCAGUGUGUGUUGCAAGUCUUCUUGGAAUCAGCUACAGGACCUGUGCCGCCUGGCCAAGCUUUCCUGCCCUUCCCUGGGCAUCUCCAAAAGGAACCUCUGUGACUUUGAAGUAGAGUACUUGUGUGAUUACAAGAAGAUUCGCGAACAGGAAUAUUACCUGGUGAAGUGGUAUGGAUACCCAGACUCAGAAAGCACUUGGGAGCCACGGCAGAAUCUCAAGUGUGUGCGCAUUCUCAAGCAGUUCCACAAGGACUUGGAGAGGGAGCUACUUCGGCGACACCAAAGGUCAAGGUCAAAGCCACCCCGGCAUUUGGACCCAAGCUUGGCCAACUACUUGGUGCAGAAAGCCAAGCAGAGGCGGGCACUGAGACGAUGGGAGCAGGAACUCAAUGCCAAACGUAGCCACCUGGGACGCAUCACUGUGGAGAAUGAGGUGGACCUGGAUGGGCCUCCACGGGCCUUUGUGUACAUCAAUGAGUACCGUGUUGGAGAGGGCAUCACACUCAACCAGGUGGCAGUAGGCUGUGAGUGCCAGGACUGUCUGUGGGAUCCUUCUGGGGGCUGCUGCCCCGGGGCAUCUCUGCACAAGUUUGCCUACAAUGACCAGGGCCAGGUGCGGCUGCGAGCCGGGUUGCCCAUCUACGAGUGCAACUCUCGCUGCCGCUGCGGCUAUGACUGCCCCAAUCGCGUGGUACAGAAGGGCAUUCGCUAUGACCUCUGCAUCUUUCGCACGGAUGAUGGGCGUGGCUGGGGCGUCCGCACACUGGAGAAGAUCCGCAAGAACAGCUUUGUCAUGGAGUACGUGGGAGAGAUCAUUACCUCAGAGGAGGCGGAACGGCGGGGCCAGAUCUAUGACCGCCAGGGCACCACCUACCUCUUCGACCUGGACUAUGUGGAGGAUGUGUAUACCGUCGACGCUGCCUACUACGGCAACAUCUCCCACUUUGUCAACCACAGUUGUGACCCGAACCUGCAGGUAUACAACGUCUUCAUAGACAACCUUGAUGAGCGGCUGCCACGCAUUGCUUUCUUUGCCACAAGGACCAUCUGGGCAGGCGAGGAGCUCACCUUUGAUUACAACAUGCAAGUGGACCCCGUGGACAUGGAGAGCACCCGCAUGGACUCCAACUUUGGCUUGGCUGGGCUCCCUGGCUCCCCCAAGAAGCGGGUCCGUAUUGAAUGCAAGUGUGGAACUGAAUCCUGCCGCAAAUACCUCUUCUAGCCCUUAGAAGUCUGAGACCAGGCUGACCGUGAGGGCCUGAUGCCUUCUGCCCACAUGCCCACUGCUGCCCUCCUGUCAGAGGAAUAACUUCUAGGGCCUCCUGCUUGCCGCUGCUUGCCCCCACGUGCUCCCUGCUCAGGGCUGUGGGCUGCGGUAAGGACUGACUCCAGGAGUCCCCUUCUCCCCAUUCCAGCCACAUCUGUGGGCUGCACUUAAACCCCUUGCCCACCUUCAGAAGUCAUUUUUCUACACCAAGACUUUCUAUAGUUGAGAUCGAUGGCUUAUCAAGGAGGUCCAACGGGGAGAAAUUCCAUCCCAGUCCGAGACUAGAAACAAUGUUUUUGUUUUUGCACUGCUUCUGCCUGGAGCUAGAGGGGUCUGUUGCAGGCCUCCUCCCUACUGCCCCAGGGGUGUGGGGAGACAACCCCAGAGCAGGCAGAUCUAGUCAGGGCUCAGAAUUCCCAGACCAACUCACUGGUCUCGGAGCCAGUUUUGUUAGUGAAAGAAAAAGUAUUCCCAGGGCUGGGGCCAUGGCUGUGAUCUCCAUGUGCUCACAGUGAUGUUCGUGUCGGCUCUGGCAGCUGUGAGAGUACUUCCUUAGUGCCACCUCAUCUGAGAAGUGGGUACCCACCUGCCACUGGACUGAGCACUGGGUGUCUGUGAUCCACUGACAAUUUUCAGUAAGUCAGCCCCACAUUGUCUAUCCUCUGAGGUGGGGCUGGGGCUGAGCGCUGCCUUAAGAGGGGCCAGGGAAGGCCCCUGGGAUCUUAGGACAUCUGACAGUGCGGGGAACCCAGAGUUGAGGUGUGAUGACCACUGGGUCUACUUGAAGCUGGAACCAGGACCUAGGUAGGCCAUAGAUAGCACUUAGGAUAAUAGUGUGCAUUGGUAGAGUGCUCGUGAGUGCCAGGCACAAGGCAGAGCACCUGAUCCACGUGGAUUGUCUCAGGGAAGCCUUGAAAACCACAGAGUUGGAUCCCAGGAAAGAGGGCCCGAUUGGCAGAAGGGAAAGACCGACUGCCUACAGAUAUACAGAGCGUUGAGGUUCUGUUGGUUGCAUUGCCCCUUGUUUUCCCCAUGAGGUUUUCUCUAGGAAGCCCUCCGUGACUAUCUAUGCCCAGUGUCCCUGCGUGAGGCUGUGUGCAGCUGUGUGCCCUCCCUCCAGAUGGCAGAUCCAUGUCUGUGCGUCCGUCCUCACCCAUUCUUACCGUGAGACUGACUGAGACAUGGACUGAGUCUGGGUCUCCUGUUUGUAUAGGCCUCCCCCUGCCACCACCAUGAAUCUGGCAUCAAUAAAGUAACUUGUUUUAACAAA